AUGGAAAAUCUGCCGUCGGUAUCAAACCGUCUCGCCAUAACUUCCUCUACAGAUGAAGAAGUAAAAUAUCCAAUGCAGAUCACAUCGGUAGCUGUAGAUCCAACUUCGACUCACCUCGCGUCGCAGGAAGAUUUGCGCAGUAUAGGAGUUCUCGAAUUACUCGACUCAGACGAAAGAGCGGUAUUCAUACUUGACCUCACGAAGCCAGAUGAGACAACGCCGAUAUAUACGAAUCCGCGGUUGAAGGAAUUACAAUUGUUGGGAAGUAAAGUUGGGGAAUCUCUUGAUCUGGGCGCGGCUACAAAAGAUGAAAAGCAUAGGGGAUUUUUGGAAUGGGCAGGAGGGGAUUUCAGAGAUGGAAAAAUACCCGUAACUCUACAUUGUGGAGUGAAAUGGACUGCGCAGACAUUGAAGGAAAGAUGGAGGGUCAUUGCUGGAGAUGUGGGGGGAAGCAUAGAUGUCAUCGGGGGCAAACCCAUGAUCCAUCGAUCGCAAACCCUUUCGCCUCAGAAGGCACGACCUAUGUCGAAAUCUGGCGACUCGCCUAGAUCCUCCCUGGAAUCUCAACUGGAGGCAUAUCGACUUCAUCGGGAAGAUACAAUAUCGAUAUUUCCGCCCGCACAAGAGCCGUUCACUUUGAAGGAGGUUUCUGAGGUGGAAAAUUCUACACUUGGUCCAUUCGAUAUAUUAGCUCCGGAUACAGUCGUAGAACCGUCACCUCAUCUGCGUUUUUUCCUCGAUUUUGAUUGGGCAUCUACAGAGCUUGGUUCCAUAGAAUCUUGGCCGCUUGAGCUACGUAGGAUGUGCAAUUUUCUCAUGUCGGAUCCAAGACCUGCGGCGAUGUUUUGGGGCCAAGGCAGAGUCAUGAUGUACAACGAAUCAUAUAAGUUAGUCACAGGACAGAAGCACCCAGGGAUGAUGGGAAAGCCUUUCUCGGAAGCAUGGCCUGAGAUUGAAGUCAUAUUCAAGGAUCUCUUCAAUAAGGCAUAUCAAACUGGUAAACCUUCGACCAUGGAUGAUGCAAGGUUUUAUAUUGAUAGACAUGGAUACUUGGAGGAGACGUACUUCGCUUUAUCGAUCAUGCCGUUCAGUUGCAACAGUUAUGAUUGUGAUCUUGCGGUCUACAAUCCUGUGUUUGACACCACCAGGCAAGUUGUGGCAGAUCGCAGAAUGAUAUUUUUGUUACGACUAGGGCAAUUCAUUGCUUCAUCUCGAGAGCCCAAGGAGUUUUGGCAGCAGCUUUUACGAGGUUUCGAACCAGACCAUCCAGAUUUACCAUUUGCUCUGCUAUACUCCGCUGGAAACGAUGUCAAUGAAACACUCUCCGAAUCUUCAGCAUUAAGUCAUAAUUCUAAUUGGGUGCUGGAAGGCUCUGUAAGGGUCCCCGAUGCCGAGAAGAACGUGCCGAAACAUAUCAACUCUGAGUGCUCGCUGGAGGAAUUCCUACCAAGUUUCAGUGAGCUUGUCAAAUCAGAUUCGCCUACGCUCUUACACCGGAAAGAUGGUACUAUCCCUGCAUCCCUGACCACAGCUCUUCAGGGUACGCUUGCUUGGGAUACCGUCGUUUUCUUGCCAAUCAGGGCAACUACCGAUAUUGUUCUUGGUUUUCUUAUAAUUGGACUCAAUGCUCGACGAGAAUACGAUGAUGACUAUAGACUAUUCAUAGAACUUCUCACUCGACAACUCGCCACCUCAAUGGCUGCGGCAGUACUUGUUGAAGAUGAUCUUCAACGUGGUCGAAUGGCCGCCGAACGUGCUUAUCAAGAUCGCAAUCGGCUUUCAAGGAAGCUCGAGAUUCAAGCUCAUGAAGCUGCAGAGAUUGAAAGUCGUUUCAGGAGGAUGGCCGAUCUAGCCCCUGUUGGGAUGUUCCAUGUUGAUGUGGAUGGGAAUAUAGUUUAUGCCAAUGAAGUUUUUUAUGGUUUAACGGAACACCCAAGAAAUUCCAACAUCCCCAUACACUUCCUUGACAAAGAAGGUUCUUACGGAUUGUCCCCAGUUCCUAACGUUACAUUUGCUGACAAGUUUAUUGCAAAGGGCUGGUACGGAAGCCUCAUGGAAGAAGAUUUACCUUUAAUGGAAUUGAACUGGAAAAAGCUCAUGGAUGGGGAACCUGUCGCCUUUGAAAUUCGGCUACGAACACUCUUCAAGGGUGCUGAUAAGAUCGGAGAUGAGGAAAUCGACGGUGCAAUUUGGACAAUAGUUGCUGCCUAUCCUGAAAAGGCAGAUGAUGGUACCGUUGUUGGCGUUUUAGGUUGCAUGACGGAUAUUAGUCGACAAAAGUGGGCAGAGGAUUUCCAGAAACGAAAAAUGCUAGAAGCAGUUGAGUUAAAACGUCAACAGGAGAAUUUCAUCGACAUGACAUCCCACGAAAUGAGGAAUCCAUUAUCAGCUAUUAUUCAGUGUGCAGAUAUGAUUGGAAUCUCUGUCAAAGAAUUCGAUGGAGGGACUAACGAUGUUAUUCUUCCAAGAGAGGCUGUUCAUGGAUAUGCAGAUGCAGCUUCGACGAUUAUAUUAUGUGCCCAGCAUCAGAAACGAAUCAUCGAUGAUAUCCUCACGCUCAGCAAGUUAGAUUCCGAUCUAUUGUUUGUCACCCCCAUCGAGGUACAGCCAUUACUUGUUAUCAAAAACGCACUGAAGAUAUUUGAUGGAGAAUUACAGAAGAGUGACGUCGCGCUGAGAUUUCAUGUGUCACCCUCGUUCGACGAACUCGGCUUUGACUGGAUCAAACUGGACCCCAGUAGAUUAGUACAAGUCCUCAUCAACCUCGUUACAAAUGCGAUCAAAUUUACACAAACUCAAGCAAAACGAAAUAUCGCCAUCACAGUGAGCGCAGCGCUCGAGCCUCCUAGCACACCAGGACUUAUUUACCUUCCAAGAUCUAAUAGCCACAAAGAAAACACCCCGGAGAGUGAAUGGGGAGAUGGGGAGAUUGUAUAUCUACAUAUCGAAGUCCAAGAUAGUGGACGCGGUCUAGAUGACACGGAACGCAACCUUCUAUUCAAGAGAUUUUCUCAAGCCUCACCACGAACACAUGUUCGAUACGGCGGAUCUGGUCUCGGCCUUUUUAUUUCUCGUGAACUUACGGAGCUUCAGGGUGGUCAAAUAGGUGUGGCCUCAAAAGCAGGUGUAGGAAGUACCUUUGCAUUUUACAUUCGCACUCGCCGUUGCGAUCCUCCUGAUGAUAAGGAUUCCUUCAUUCCUCAAAUGGAUGUUCAAGUCCAAAACGAUAUCAUUACGAACAAUUCACUGGCACGUGUCAAAGGUCCCAGUCGUCAGACUGUAAAGAACCGUCGUUCUCAAAGUCCGGCUUCGUCUUCCCCAAAACAUAUCCUCAUUGUCGAAGACAACAUCGUCAAUCAAAAAGUUCUAAGCAAACAACUGCGAACCGCAGGCUGUAUUGUCAGCGUCGCAAACCAUGGCCUAGAAGCCCUCGAAUUCCUCGAAAAAUCCACAUUCUCCACCACUCUCCCAGAAGGCGUCCCAGGCAUCCCGUGCAACAUCCUACUAAUGGAUCUAGAAAUGCCAGUCAUGGAUGGUCUUACCUGCGUGCAACAAAUACGUCAAUGGGAGAUGGAAGGGAAAGUCAAGGGUAGGGUACCCGUCAUCGCCGUCACGGCAAAUGCGAGAAGUGAACAAAUUGCGAGGGCUAAAGAGGCGGGUAUGGAUAGCGUGGUUACGAAACCCUUUCGCAUCGGGGAGUUGUUGCCGGAGAUGGAUAGGUGGUUGGUGAGGGGUGUGAUGUUAGAUGGGGGGAAGGAGGAUAGGGCGGCGGUGGAGAGGAGGGAGAGUGCGCCGAUUUAG